AUGGCGCCGACACAUCCCUCCCUACCGCCCAUUUCGACGGCCCUCCCUCCUACAACUGCCAGUCCUAACUCUGCCCAACCCACCCCUACGCCCACCGACGAGGACCCCAAGAAGCGCGUGGCCAGGAAGCUUCGAAGAAAACGUCGCAACGAAACCUACGCCAUGGACCUGCCAGAAAGGCUAAAGGGCGGAAAUGACAGUGAAGACGAGGAAGACCUUAUGCCUGCCGGUAACACACAAAAUGGACCUCCCAUGUUCAUGAACAUGAACCAGAGUAUCUUCGGUCUCAUUGCUGCUGCCGGUUCGCGAGUCGACUUUCACGAUCGGUUCGAGGGCCAAUCGAGUGACGACGACGACGAGUCGGGCCACCAGACGACAAAGCCUGACAUGCACACAGCCACGUCGCCGCGACCAGAGUCUAACCUCUCCAAAACGACCGUCAUUGGCAAAGCGACUAAGGAACGCCGUCAUCGUCGGUCCGGCUCGGCAGGCAACGUUAUCGCCCGGUCUCUUCAGGCUCUGCCUCGCCUCGGGAAACGGAGGUCCAAGAAAGAAUCGUCAAAGCUAGAGCCCCCGUCCGAAGACGCAAGCGAGUCCUCCGUGCCGCAAUCCUCACAACCCGAGUCGGCUGAGGAGGACCAGGAUCAGUAUAAACUAGCACCCGUCAUGAGCCGCAUGCUCGAGGCCCGGGCGGACGUGGCUUCGCGGCCGAGUUUCGACCUCGACCGUCUGACAAGUGAGCACUCUCGCCGUGACUCGAGCGACUUGGGACCGAGCCCUUUGGCGCUGCGGUUAGCCGAGAUAUUCGAGUUCACCAAGCCGGAGGAGGUCAUUGAGGAAUACCCAUGUUGGCUCCUCCAGAGCGUACUCCUGCAAGGUUACAUGUAUAUUACAGCCAGGCACAUCUGUUUCUAUGCAUAUCUUCCUAAGAAAGCCCACGAGGUUGUCAAGUCGGGCUAUCUCUCCAAAUCCGGAAAACGCAACCCCAAGUACAACCGCUACUGGUUCCGUAUGAAGGGUGACGUUCUUACCUACUACCGCGACCCCUCCAACGUCUACUUUCCCAGCGGUCAGAUCGAUCUCCGCUAUGGCAUCUCUGCGAGCAUCACCGACAAGGACAAGGCUGGCCUACACUUUUCAGUGACGACGAGCCACCGCACCUAUCAUUUCCGGGCUGACAGUGCGCCGAGCGCAAAGGAAUGGGUUAAGAGCCUGCAGCGCGUCAUCUUCCGAUCCCACAAUGACGGUGACAGCGUCAAGAUUUCCAUGCCCAUCGAGAAUGUUAUCGACAUUGAAGAUAGUCAGAUGUUGCAGUUUGCCGACACCUGCAAGAUUCGCCUUCGGCAGGAAGCCAUCAACGUGUUGAAAAUCAUGUUUGAGGGUGCGUCGGCCGAGACGAAGGAUCCCGCAGAUUUGCCCAAGGGCGCCUCUGCGCGGACGUCGAUUGCUGCAAACCGACGCAGUAUAGGCCCUGAUAAGAUUGGCAUUGCCAGACUGCCCGAAAAUGUCAAGGCUACAUUGUCGCCCAUGUCACCGACAAGUCCUCUCGGACCAAGUCCUCGACCUAGCGCCGAUGUGGCCAGGUCUAGCAUGGACGCUUUCAGGGUCUUUGGUCGCAAAAGUCUUGACUUGUCGAGCGUCACUCGUGAUGCCUCUCCGCGUCGCAGCUUCAGUGGCAGCCGCUCGCACAGCCGAAACCGACUCGAGGAUUCACGCAACACGGUUGACAAGAACGAGUCAUCCGAUUCAUACGUCCAGUCAUCGAUGGAGGAUCCGAGCUUCUCUGCCAUGGCGGCCUCAUCUAAUGAAGAUGCCUCAGCUAGUCAGAUACUACAUCGUAGUGACGUUUUCCAGAGCCCGACCAUGCGCCGCUCGGGAUCGCGUACACGACAUUCGUCUAAGAAGACGGUCCAAGGUACUCAAUCACCUCCUGCUCUUGCAACAUAUUCCGGCCAACACGCUGCCACAACAGGCUCGAUAGCCGAUGAUCCCAACAAAGGCCCCUCCCUACAGAGCAUCACGAAGAUGGGCGCCUAUCCCCUGCAACGGGUCGGUGCCUUUGCCGAGUACCUGAACAGUUCAAGCCGCCGCAUGAGCUCUAUGUUGGCGACCGAAUCCAUGGGCUAUGUUGAAAAGGUGUCUGGUAUGUGGAAGGGCAACCGGAAGCACUACGAUGCGCCGCCCGAAACGCGUACGGAUGACGAGGAUUUGUAUGAGGAUUCGGAGGGGAGGGUCCAGUUAUCGACAGAGCGGUUCCGCGCGCACUUCGCGCUGCCUGAGACGGAGAAGCUGCAGGUGACUUACUAUGGCUUCCUGUUCCAGGUGUUGCCGCUCUACGGCAAGAUCUACAUCAGCGACCGUUUCCUGUGUUUCCGCAGCCUCCUCCCUGGAACCCGAACCAAGCUCAUUCUCCCUCUUAAGGAUAUCGAGAAUGUCGAUAAGGAGAAGGGAUUCCGAUUUGGAUACUCUGGAUUGGUUCUAGUCAUCCGCGGUCAUGAGGAGGUGUUUUUCGAAUUCAGCCAGCGCGACGCGCGCGAGGAUUGCUUCGGCCAUCUCCUGAAGAGUGUCGAGCGGUCGCGCUUCCUGCAUAACUCUGGCAUGCUCAACCAGGAGGACAAGGAGGAUGCCGAGUAUGCGCUGGCUGAGAGGGAAGCCCUCAAGGAGGCUCGCCAGGACGAGUUCCAAGAUCACGAGGUCAAGCUGCCCAAGCAGACAUCCUGCCUCAGCGACGCUCCGACGAUUCUUUUCGAUGACCCCAAGGCAUCUUUCCUCAACUUCAAGCCCGCACAGUCGCUCAAGGUCACCUGCCUGACUAUUGGUUCGCGGGGUGACGUGCAGCCAUACAUUGCUUUAUGCAAGGGGCUCAUCGCCGAGGGCCACAGGCCGCGCAUCGCAACACACGCCGAGUUCCAGCCGUGGAUCGAGAGUCAUGGGAUCGAGUUUGCUAAGGUCGAAGGCGAUCCCGGUGAACUCAUGCGGCUGUGUAUUGAGAAUGGCACCUUCACAUUUUCUUUCAUUCGCGAAGCCAACUCAAUGUUCCGUGGCUGGCUGGACGAACUUCUUGUAUCAGCUUGGGAGGCUUGCCAGGGUUCGGACCUGCUGAUUGAGAGCCCGAGUGCCAUGGCGGGCAUUCAUGUUGCCGAAGCCCUUGGCAUCCCAUACUUCCGAGCCUUCACAAUGCCAUGGACGCGGACGCGAGCGUACCCACACGCCUUUGUGGUGCCCGAGUCGAAAUUGGGCGGUGCCUACAACUACAUGACGUACAUCAUGUUCGACAACAUCUUCUGGAAGGCGACGGCAGGACAGGUCAACCGCUGGAGGAACAAGACGCUCAAGCUGCCAAACACGAACCUCGAGAAGAUGCAGCCGAACAAGGUCCCGUUCUUGUACAACUUUUCGCCCUCGGUCGUGGCACCGCCGCUCGAUUUUUCCGACUGGAUUCGCGUUACAGGAUACUGGUUCCUGGACGAAGCGACCAAGUGGGAACCGCCCAAGGAGCUGACGGACUUUAUUGCUCAGGCGCGUGCCGACGAUAAGAAGCUCGUCUACGUUGGAUUUGGCUCCAUUAUUGUCAACGACACAGCCAAGAUGACGCAGGAGGUCAUUGAUGCAGUACUCAAGGCCGAUGUGCGCUGCAUCCUUUCCAAGGGCUGGUCAGACCGCGUGGCAAACAGCGGCGAUGCCGGCACUGAUGAUGCUGCUGCGGCAUCUAAGCGCGAGGAGCCAGUCAUGCCACCCGAGAUUCACGUCAUCAAGAGCGCCCCGCACGACUGGUUGUUCUCGCAGAUUGACGCCGCGGCGCACCAUGGCGGCAGCGGCACCACGGGCGCGAGUCUACGAGCAGGCAUCCCGACAAUCAUUCGUCCGUUCUUUGGCGACCAGUUCUUCUUCGGUAACCGGGUUGAGGACAUUGGGGUUGGUAUCUGCCUGAAGAAGUGGGGGGCCACCAGCUUCGCGCGCGCUCUAUGGGAGGCGACGCACAACGAGCGCAUGAUCAUAAAGGCGCGCGUGCUGGGCGAGCAAAUUCGCAAGGAAAACGGUGUCGAGAGCGCCAUUCAGUGCAUUUACCGCGAUAUGGAGUACGCCACAAGCCUCGUCAAGCGCAAGGGCGACAAGAAUCGCAAGGGAGCCCAAGGCCAGCAGGCUGACGCGAGGACGGGCUCAGACCCCGAUGCAGAUGCGGAUGAGGAGGAAGAGGAAGAGAGUUGGACCUUUAUCGGCGGUGACGAGCCGGACCCGGACGUGGUCACACAGCGACUUUCGGCAAUGCAUGCAUCUGCCAGCGGUGGGCAUGUCCCUGGCAUGGGAACCCUGAGAGCCGACAGCAAGAGUCUAGGCAGCAAGGUGCUGGGCAGUAGCCCCGGGUCGCAGGUUGCUGCUUAG